CACGUUCUCUCGCCGCCGCCGGCCGCCGAUUGUCGCUACAGUUUGGCGCCGUUCACGUACACGACAUCACGCACAACGCACGCAUCGACGAAAUCGACUCUGUCGCCUUCGCUCUAUUUUUGUUUUUUUUUAAAUUACUGUUGUAACUUAUAUAUUUUGUUUUGUUGUUGUAAGAUAGAAAUAUCAUCACCAGUGUUAAGCGUCCGAGCGUCGUGUCGUCAGGAGAGUUUUCUGUUUUUUUUUCAGUCGCGUAAAACCGCAUCGAAAUGGGUUUAGGCACAUCCACGAUCAAAUACAUUUUGUUUUUUUUCAACUUUGCGUUCGCACUUUCUGGUCUGGCAUUGUUGGCCUUGGGUCUGUUUACCCGGUAUUAUUCAACGAAAACUGAAGAGCUGGCCAACAAAGCAUCCGGAGAUGCGGCUGGUAUGGCAGCUAUGGCAUUCAUCGUCAUUGGCGGAGCCGUGUUCAUCGUGUCGUUCUUCGGAUGUUGUGGAGCUAUCCGGGAGAGCCAUUGCAUGAUCACAAUGUACGCAAUGUUCCUAUUGGCGUUCUUCCUGUUGGAGGCGGCCACCGGUGUUUUCUUGUACGUGAACCGGGGACAAGUGGAAUCGAUUACUCGAAAAUCGUUGAACACCGUUUUUGAAGAUUACUCGAAUAAGUCGGAAUCACGCACUUUUGUCGACGAAAUCCAACACGACUUCCACUGCUGUGGUGUGGACGGACCGAACUAUUGGACCGAACGCAACGCGGCCGCUCUACCGCACACCUGUUGCCGAGAUGAUGGCGGCCAAGGGACAACGUGCUCAAAGGCCCAGGCGUGGCAGGACGGUUGUCUACAAAAGUCCAUCGAUUUGGUCAAAGGCCAGUCAGGCAUGUUGUUCAAGAUCAUCAUAGGAAUCGCGGGUGGAGAGCUGAUUGGAAUCGUUUUCGCGUUGUGCCUGGCGAGUAGCAUACGGAACGAAGAACGUCGACAAGGAUACGCUUAACUUAAUGUGGCAGAUGCACGAUAUACAUAAUUUUAUACAAUUAGUAUAACUCUCUUUGUCUCACAUUCUAUUGAGGAAAACUAUUCCUUUUCUUAACAUAUUUAUAACAAUAAUAUUACAUUAUAUGCCAGUUUGUUGUCCCAAUUCAAAACCGACCGUCGUGAAUAUAAUUUUAAAUAUUUUAAUUGUUCGUGUCACAUUAAUACAAAAAAUCACACUAACACUCACACACACACACACACAUAUAUACAUACACACGUACGUACAUACAUACAUACUUACAUACAUACAGAAACACACAAAUAAAUGCACGCURCCAUUCGCACGGCGACGUGAAGAUGUUAGAUUUGUAAAAUACUAUUUUUUUUCACGAUUUAUUAAUGUUAUAAAAUAUUAUUUUAAGAUUAUAAUAUGUACACGUGUUA